AUGCGGUUGACACAAUACCGGCAGCGGCACCGACGGACGGAGGCGGGGCAAUUGUGUGCAGCGGCGUUUGUGCGUGAUAAGCAACGGUUCACGGACUGUACGGCGACUUUGGCACCGGAUGGGGCGACGGUAGGGAAAGAGUGGUGCUAUGUGGAAGCUCAAUUCAACGUGGGCGGAGCGGAGCCGAUUUGGGGCUUCUGUCGACCGGUUAUAGAUUAUGACUAUGUGAGGUUGGCGGCUAUGGAAUCUUUACGUACACGUGUGGAUGAAGUAACACGACUGACUGCAAAAUUAGCCUCAGACAAGGCUAAGAUCGAUGACGUACUUGACCGCUUCGAGAAGGUCUGCGCUCAUGAUGUGCCUGAAAUCCAGAUGAAGCUGACUCAAAUGGACCAACUGUUGGAACAUGGACUGCAUGCACUCAGUGGCGCCGAACAGGCUGCUGGUUCCAUCGCUUCUCUUGACGCUGCUCUCGAUGAAAUGGCCGCGGCUGCCGAGGAAGAUGCGAUCCAGGCUCUUAACGAUCCCAAAAACUGUCGUGCACUCCGCGGGUACGAAGACGAAGGAGAGCCAGACGGACUACUAGGUGUUUACUUCCCUACUCCCACUUUUUCUUGCGCAGGUGGAGCCGCUAAACAGGUCCGACUCGAUCCUACAAUUGAUUUUGCCUGGACCGCCAGACCCCCCGCUCCUGGUAUCUCCUAUGAAGCGUUCUCUGUCCGCUGGGAGGGCUAUCUGGAACCGCCCGAAUCUGGCGAAUACCGCCUCUAUCUCGAAACUACCUGCGGCGGUCGCGUCUUUGUCAACAAACGACUUCUUAUCAACGACCGAAUGCCAGACACCGGCGGCAGUGCAAUCGCCGACGCGACCGGCGGCGAGGUCCCGCUCUUGCCGCCCAGCGGCGUGAGCGGGCUGCGCAAGACGCAAAGCGCACCGCUCAUGCUCACCGGCGGCCAAAAGAUCCCAUUGCGUGUGGAAAUGCUACACAGUGCACACCUGCUGUGGCAGGACGAGGAAAGCUCAGUCGUGAAGCUGUCGUGGUCCUCUAGUCGCAUACCGGAGCAAGUCAUCCCGCGUGACUUCCUAUUCUCCAGUCGCCAACAACCGGUACUGAAACUUUCACACUUGCCUGCGGGCACGACAGAUCUGCAACUGCUCGUGCCCGGCGUGGCACCGUUUCUGGAGGACGCGAAGGUCACGGUGGGCGAUCUGCCGCCUGAAUUGGAGAACGCCAAGUUGCUCCGCAUGAGUCGCUCCGUGCAGGAGGCGAUGGUGAGUGCGAGUGAACCGCUCGAGUUCGCGACCAAUGUGCCCGCGCGACUCUUCGUGGCGCACCCCAACUCGGGAGUUGAUAAUCCCCCGCUCGAGUCUUGCGGGCGCAACGUGAACUUUGCACCGUACGCUACACCCUACUCCGAUGCGCAGGGACUGGACGUACUCGGGUUAUAUGCAACGCGCACAGGUCGCGAACGACGCGCCAGUUCGGUGGACUAUUUCACCAUCCAGGUCGCCACACUGGGCACAGCUGGUGGUUACCGUUUCAAGCUGAUGUCUGCGCCGUUCCUGGUCUUCUUGCAAGCGCUGCCGGCAACCUGCGACGGCUGCGACGGCGAGGUCCGUGUCCUCUCUGACCCUUCUGACCCCACCUCGCCCUUCCUCUCCUGCGCCGCCAGCUCGACCGCUUCCGAUGUGUAUAGCUGUGAAUACGCACUCAACCGUCUUCACCGCGACGAUCGACUCACGACCUGGAAAACUGCCCAGGGCCGCGCAGUCGGAGAGUGGCUGGAAAUCAACUUCCGCGAACGCGUUCGCCUCUCCAGCAUCGUCUUCAAGCCACUCGACGACCCGCUACAGUGGCCGUCCGAACUGACAGUAUUCUUCGAACCCGGUGGCAGCCACGCCGUGGAGCCGCAAAAGUUCGACCUGGUCUACAGCGCUGAUCUCGCGCUCCUCAAGUACACUCUGGCUCCCGUCACAACGCAAUACGUCCGCAUCGAAGUCAGUGGAAUGUAUGCCGCCACCGCUAGCACCGGCGGAAGUCUGGAGGUGUACGGUUCCGUCUGCGACCAAGGGGAAGCUGACCUCGCUAACCCAACGGGUGCACUGGCUGUAGAAGUUGACGCCUUUGCCGUGGAUACCUGUCUUGCAACUGCGCUCGAACUACCGGAUCUGCAUCCACUACGUCCCAACCUGCUCGCGGACGUCGAUUGUCCCGGAACCUGCGACCCCACCACCGCCGCUGGCCGCGUCUUUGGGGUAGGCGUCUACUCCGCAGAUUCCGCCAUAUGUCUCGCAGCCGUGCACAGUGGUGUCUGCGCCAUGGACGGCGCCGAAGUCUGCGCCGUCACCCUCAUAAAAGAACGGGAUCAUCAGCGGACUCCACGGCGCAGCAGACCUCAGCUUCGUCGUACAACCACGCUCCGCCACGGCCAACCGAUCUCAGGCCACUGA